GAAUUCGGAUUUAAAUAACAUCCGUAAUCACUCCGAAUUCACUUCUAAUUUUUUACAGUGUGUAAACAUUUAAAUGAUUUAUUUGAAUAAAUUAUUUAAAAGACUUCUAAUUUAUUUGUCUAUACUAAGUUGAAAUAUUGUUUCUCGUAGUAAUCUAUGCUGUAUUUACUUAUGUACAGCUCGGUAUUUAACCAUUGUUAGUGAAAAAAAGUUAUUGUCAUUACGUGGCGAAGCGUAGUCUUGUUUGACAUCGCUUGCAGGCAACACCGGUUUAAGUGUAAUCAAUUUAAAUUUGAAUGACUGCGAGUAAAAAAAUAUAAACUCGUCAAUAAUUGAUAAUAAAUUUCAAUUUAUGAGCAGCGAAAACUUAAUAUGAGAAUUGAAUAUUGAAUAAAAAGAAGACAAGAUAGAAAUUAACUGAAAUCUUUUUUUUGCAUUGGAAAAAUUUAUUUAUUUAUUUUAUUUUUUUUUUCAUGAGAUUUUCUCUGUCUAAAUGUGUUUACAACAAUAAGAUUAUUUAAUUGCAAUAAGAAAAAAUAGCAAGAGAGAAAAGGUGACAAUUUUGAUUUCAUGCAAAUACAAGAGAUCCAUUAAUUUAAUUGCACGCCUCGAACGCGAAGCGGGUGAUUUUGAAUUUAUAUGAGAAAUUAUAUUCGCAAAGAUAUAGAUAAAAAAUGCAACACGCGAUCGAUUGCACGAAUAACGAUAACGAGCAUGAAAAACUAAGGACUUGUAUAUCCAAUGGAAAAAGUAAAAGUUCCGAUACAAUAAUUGAAGACUUAUUCAAAAUAAAACUUCCCUCGAAUUGGAAAAAAUUAAAUGAUGAAACAAAACGUAAAUUUAUCUGUCAAUGGGCCCGAGAUGCGUUACCUAAUUUACCUGAAACCUUGAUGCCGAUAACCGUAGGAUCAACUGUUGAUGGAGACUCGGAAAAAUCUAUUGAUGAAAUACCUAAAUGGCUAGACCGGGAAAAAUUUUUGCGGGGUCAAAAAUUUGCUCAAGAUAAUUUAAUUGGAGUUUUUGCUACCACGCUUUUGACUCUAUUUGGUAUUUAUUCAUUUGAAGAUGGUUUCAAGCCAUUGAUUGCAACUGGAAAAUCAUCAGAGCCUUAUACAGCAUUUAAAAGAUACCUGUCCACUAUUGCACGAUUCAGAAAUUGGUACACGAGUGAUCCUUGGACAAAAGGUACACAAGCGUACAACGACAUUAGAACAGUACGUCGAGUUCACGCAAUUGUACGUGAUAAAUUAAAUGUAAUGUCAAAUGAAGACGUAGAUAAAGCAGCAAAAAUUGAAAAUCCAUGGUCGCCAAUGAGAAAUAUUUUAUUAGAAGAUUUUAAAUCAGGAUGUCCAGUAUCUUUACCUGGACAAUGCCCUUUUUUAAUGGAAUCUCUGGGUACUGUACGACCAAAAAAAAUGAAUCAAGGGGAAAUGGCUUUGACUCAAGGUUCAUUUGUUUGUCUAAUUAUUCUUUAUCCCCAAGCUUUUGGUAUUCAUGGCGCUACUGAUGAUGAUCUUGAUGAUUUUUGUUACGUGUGGAGAGGUAUUGGAUAUCUUCUCGGUAUCGAAGAUGAGUUCAAUUUUUGUCAAGGAUCAUUUGAUGAUAUCAAGCAGCGUUCCGUGGACUAUUUAAAUGAAUGGGUGAAACCAAAUUUACGCGACAUAACUCCAGAAUGGGAGCAUAUGAUAAGAUGUUUAAUGAGUGGUAUACAAUAUUAUAUUCCCGGUAUGUCUUAUGAAAUAAGUUUAUUAUAUGCCAUGGAAUUGAUGAAUAUUGACAUGCCGCGAUUGCGUUCGUCCCUUUCUUAUAGUGAUUGGAUAAAACAUCAUUUAAUUAAAUUCACGAUGAAUUACGCAUGCCGAUUUCAACAAGUAAAAAAGUAUCUCAACAUCUUCUUCGAUAACUGUGUUAAUCGUGCACUACAAUUUACAGAAGGAAAGCAUGCGAAAUUACGUGUGAGAUCGUCCAAAACAUUAAAUUCCGCUCUAUUAAAUAAACAUGAAUAAUGAUAAAUGAAUUUUAAUGUUUUCCUACACGGAGAGUAAAUUAUAGUAACCGCUUCUAGUUUAUAAAAUAUCAACCCAUAACGUUAUGGUAAUAAUUACUAGGAAUUACGCUGUAAAAAAUUAAGAGUUAUUACGGAUUUUAUUUAAAUUCAAAUUAACUCCGUCACUCGGAGUUUAAAAAAAAUCACUCUUCAUAUGGAGUAAAUAGGGGGUUUGUUUUUUCACCGGAGAGAUUUCAGAAUGAUCUGGAUUUUAUUUAAAUCCACAUUUACUUCGAUUUGGAGUUUUAAUAUUAAAAUAAACUUCUUUUAGAAGUGAAUUUCACUUCGAAUUGGAUUUGCAAUAAUAUGUUAAACUCCUCUUCAGAGUAAAUUUCACUCCGAGGGGAUUAAAUGAAUACAUUCACACUAUACCGGGUCCAAAAAAUUUGUUACAGUGUAAGAAUAGUCCCUAGUAGCUAUCUUAGUCAAGAUCUUGAAAGCACAGAUAUAAUAUUUCACUGUAUAUUAUGCUUGACUUGCUCAAGAUUUGCUUUAGAAUUGACCAAUAUUGCCACUAGGGGUAUUAAGAUAUAGAAUAAUAUUAUGGUAAACGUUACCAUAAUUUCAUAGUAAUUAUUGUUAUUAUUAUUGUAACUAUUACCAUAAUGUCAUAAUAAUUAUUACCAUAAUAUAUGAUAAAGAUUGCCAUAAAUUAUAGGAAGCAUUGCCAUAUUAUGUAAUAACGGUUACCAUAGCUGUAUGGGAGCAAUUAUCACAGUAUUUUGAGAACGAUAACCAUCAUAACAUAAGAAUUUUACCAUAAUUUUAUAAGAACGAUUCCAAUAUUGUACGGGAAUGAAAUCCAUAUAGAUGGGAAUGGUUAUUAUAAUUUGUAUGGGUGCCAAUCCUAUAAUCCAUUUUUCAAAAAUUCUGUUACUAUAAAUUUCUCUUCGUAUAAUUUAAAAUUCUUAAAUUAUUAAUCAUUAGCGCAAUAUGAUCUCUGAUUUCAAGAAAUAACUUUUU